AAAACACAGAGAGGAAAGAAACAAGUUGUCGUUAGUAAAGUUGGAGCCAUGGCCCUCGGUGACUGUUGGAAGCAGUUAUCGUGGUUUUACUACCAGUAUCUUCUGGUGACGGCGCUGUACAUGCUGGAGCCGUGGGAGAGAACCGUGUUCAACUCCCUGGUGAUCUCCGUAGCCGGCAUGGCCGUUUACACCGGCUACGUCUUCAUGCCGCAGCACAUCAUGGCCAUCCUGCACUACUUCGAGGUCGUCCAAUGACACCAUCCUGACACCCGUCCAUCCGCCCACAGGUCCUGUCUGUCUCUGGCUUCCUGUCCGUCCAUCUACCAGCCGUCUCCUGGGCUUGAGGUGGGGAUCGUUUCCAACCAUGUCGAGGCCGAGCUUCUCUCCUCCUCCUCCUUUUUUCCACAGCUCGUUCAAUGUUAAAGGUCGGAGCUCUGAACGUUGCACUCAAGGUCAAGUUGGAUGGUCUAAUUCCCCGGGAUGGUUUCUUCUUCACUGAAAUGUUUGGGAUUGUGGACAGUGUUGGGCUCAGAGGCAAGGCCUUACAGAGGUGUGCUUGGUUUCCUUUCAUGUUGUUAUUUUUAUCUUCUUUUUUUUUUUUCUUUUUUUAUAAAAUCAAGCGCACCUUACAGUUUUUGAAAAUGUGUAAUGAUACAGAAGUCUGGGUGUGUGGAGUGAUUGGACUGUUUUAUUUUUAUUCCAUUGAGACAUGAAACCAUUGUUGUCUUAAGAGUCUUAUGUGGGAGACACAGUGUCUGACGGACAAAACAAUUUGUCCUUUUGUCCAUUUUAUGAGCCGUGUAUGAUUAUUAGAGCAGGAUCAGACCUCUGGAUGAGGCAGCAUCUGCUUUGAAGGAUCGACUAUUUUCAACCUUCACCAUCAUUUUUCAGCACCAGACACAGGAAGGCAGGUAGUGCCGAUAAAAUGGCUGCGAUGUGGAAAGGGUGGGAAAUGGUGGCAUGGGACCCAAUCACGCUUGAGAUCUGUCGUGUAUAUUUAUAAUUAACUUAUUAUUUUACUCCUGAAAUGACACUCCAGUCAGGCAGCAGCAGCGACCUGUAUCAGGUGCACGGCUGCAGGAGGUUUCUCUGAUUUUAGUACAGUUGCUGCAGGUUCCUGCUCAUUUUACAGCUAAACAGUCCGUAGAUUAAAGAUUGUGUUUUACUGGAGACACAAAGAGAACACACUCAAAUUAGAGCUAAAGCUUGGAGGAACCUUUGGCAUGGAUCAGUCUGUACGAGCUGUGCAUGAAGUCCAGACUUUAAAGUUGCACCUAUAUAAAUACUGUGGAAGUAUCAAAAUGCUCAGUUCUGAGAGAUAUUCAAACAGUUCGUCUUCAGAAACCGUGCCUUUGAACGAGCCAUCAGGAUUUCUGUAAAUUUUUGAUGUCACAAGUACACUAUAUAGUAGACUGUUCUUUAGGUAUAGAAAUAUUAAGUCCAGUUCAGACCAAAGAUUUGUGACGAGAUGAGUUGAAACAGACGGCUACCUGCAACGAGCCGUUCUGCAGUGCUCUAAAAACCUGCCAGUUCACACCAAGUGACCACGAUGAGACGGUGUACACUGUGUGCUGUCAUUUUGACUUGACCAGCGGACUUCACUAACAGGUGAUGUGCUUUAAAACUAGCCGCCGGCGAUUUGACCAGCUGAGUGUCAGGUGACACCAUCAGCCAGCUUGAGUCGAGCUCAGACCGGCCAGUUCACACCGCUGACACUUUUCUCUGCAACGUUCUAGAAUGGUUUUCGUCUUGUCAUGAAUCUUUGGUCGGAACGUUCUUAAUGGGUCCUUUUGUAUUUCUUGUGUAUGUGGUUGACAUCAGCUGACAGGGACCCAAGUUGUUGCCUCUCAUCGCAACUCCAAUGACACCCUCUUUAGACCGAAUCACUGUGUUUAUUUAUAACAACUUCUGGGUAGAAAAUCCAGGCGUCGCGUAGGUAAAUUUAAACGGCGCUGAGGAAGCACUGCUGCAGUGUGUUAGUUCUUAGCCUCCUUUUCCACCAAAAAAGAUCAAAAUCAGUCGAGUGUAUAUUACAGUAUUCUCACUGCUUAACCUCGCCGUCAGUCUUUUCCAACGGGGAAUUGAAGCUCUUGUCUUUAAGCCACUAGGCUCCAUUGACAGCUGCUGGUCUAGCACAGCCUCAGUUGGUUAGUGUGUGAAAUGGCCGAGGCAAAUAUUCAAGUAUAGUGUACACUUAGACUGAUAUGGAUUUUCUUAGCUGGCUAAAAUAUGGUUUGCUGCAGCCGCAUCCACAGCAGUACGUUGUUUAGCUUCCGUGUUGGUUGAUUUGGUUUAUCAAAGACGUUAGCAAAGCAACAGAGUGCCUAAAAUAAGCACAACAGAAACAUCAGAUGGGAUCGGACCACCGUGUUUUACUACAUAUCUUUAAUAAAGUUGCGGCUAAAAAUGACGACAGAAAUCAACAUGUUUGCUAGUUUUCUACCUGGUAUUGUUAGCGUGACGUCAUGGUGAUUCGGUCAACAAAGAUGGAGGAACAGAGUGUUCAGACAGAGGGUGAUUACAGGUAUAUUUUUUAAACAUUACAGCAUCUCAACAUGUUCUAGUAGAGCCCAAAAUACAAGUCUGGACCUGAAUAUGAGCAGAAUCUGGGACCUUUAAAGAAAACAGAGCCUGAAAAAUGAACGUGUCCUCCAUGUUUCUUUGUCUCAGCGUGGAAAGUAUCUAAUGACUGUUUGUCCUGCAGAGUUAAAGUUGCUUUAGUGAUUCUCUUGUUACCUGUAUCCUUGUGGCUGCUGCUGCUUGUACACAUGAGUCACUCUGUAAAUGCAAAUGGUGACAGAUGGAGUCAUGGAGAAAGUGACUCUGAACGUCUUCCCUCUUGAAGCAGGCGGGCUGCAGCACAAUGAAAAAUGGUGGUUAACGAGUUGACAGUUGUCCUUUUUUAAAUUGUUUUAAGAUGCACAGCAGGCAGCGUUAACAGUUUCCUCUUUGUACAGAGAUGAGAAAUGUUCCAUUUUUAUGUGAUCAUGUUUUAUGAUAUGUACUGCUACUGGUAUCCCUUUAGAAAAUUGUGAUUAUUUCUCCUGAUAAAAAAAUAAUGUAUUUCUCUCAGUUUUGUGUAUAUAAUCUUGUAUACAUACUUGUAAAGUUUUGUAGUCAGAUAUGUCGGCGUAUAGCAUAAAAUACUUGUGGUUUUUGUGAACUACUGAUAUCAAACACUGUUCUAUGAGAUCAUUAAAGGGAUGUUUCACCAAGCAAA